AUCAUAUGUUUUUCGGACUAUGUUGUGACAGUUGGAAAAGGGAAAAAGAAAAUAAGCCUAUUGUUUUUUAUUGUUGCGCAUUAGUAAAACGAGUCAGCGUUUUGCGUUUCGUUUGCAGACAGACGCGUUUGUCUGCAUAAAUGUUUAAACGUGUGAAAUAAACUCGAAACUAUGCAUUGCAAAUCGUGCAAAGAUUGUGGAAAACAUUUCUAAUUUCUGAUGCAGUUUCGAAGCGAUACUCGUAAUACUCCGAUUGUGGAGCUAAUACGUAGUGAGUAACUACAGCAGUGAUAAAAAAAGACCUGCAAGCAAGUUUCGUCAUCAACAAUGGCAGACAACGAACCACAUUGUACGUCUCCCUCCCGUUUGCAAAAGGACAACGAAGCUAUGGAUAACGAGAGCGGAAUAGAGGAAAAAUUCAUCCAAAACGGUGUGUUGCUGAAGAAGGCCCAUGCAUCCUACAUCUCGGCACUGAAUGCGGAAGGCAUUCUGACGUUUGGCCAGUGUAAUAAAACGAAUCUGCACGUCUUCGAGUGGAAGCCCGAAACUUGCGACAUCACCGACUCCGAGAGUCUCGAAAGUGGUUGGUCGUUGGUGGAUGCGAUUUCACGUCAACCGUCUCCACAGCAACCGUUGCAGCCUACUGCGGUCGCAAGCCUACCAGUUACAGCAAAUGUACGCGCAACCAGUGAAGAGCCCUCAGCAGCUCCCACAACAAAAGUUAAACUGUCCAUCCGUGUGUUUCUGCGCGAUCUAAAGGGUCUGGAAUCGUUUAAGGACGAGUUGCGAUUUUACAACCACGACCACACGGUGCACAGUGUUUAUCUGUUUCGGCAAACGUCGACCAGCGUGCUGCUGCAGCUGCUAGAACGGUUUCGUUGCGUGCGCAAAAGUACGCAACGCAAAAACUUCUACCGAUGCAUCGACGAUCCGGACCAGGAUAAGCUGCAAAAAUCAUUUUCCGAGCUGAAUAUUGCUGACAUACGAGCCCGUCCGCGGCCGCGACCGUACAUGGAUAUACUGUCGAAGUGGGCCAAUGUGCACCAAAUCCUUCCAAUUCAUCGACCAACUUCUCAAAGCACAAUUCCCAGCGAGCUGCGACUGAGCAGUUUGAAUGCAAGCGUCGACCCAGAAAAUGAUUCAACGGAAGACCCACCAGCGGAACCGGUUGCUGUUAAUGGUGAAACGAAUACCUCAGAAUCUAAAAAGCUUGUCCCCAGACCCUCGGUACAUCGUGGACUUCCGUUGGACGCUGGAACGUGGGAGGAUGUGAAGUGUCCGAACGGGGCCAUUUCCGAUCCAGAGCGCAUUAAGGAGAUAAUCUUUCGUGGGGGAAUCAAACAAGACAUACGGGCCGAAGUUUGGAAAUAUCUUCUCGGACUGGACGUCUGGGAGCACACGAACCAGCAGCGAGAUGAGCGAAGGGCUCACAAAACGCAGGAAUACUUUCAAAUGAAGUUCCAGUGGCUAACGAUGACGGCAACGCAGGAACACAACUUUACUGGCUACCGGGAACGUAAAUGCCAGAUCGAAAAAGACGUUAAACGCACGGAUCGAACGUACGAAUUUUUCGCGGGCGAUGAUAACCCGAACCUGGCAAAGCUACAGGACAUCCUGAUGACGUACGUCAUGUACAACUUUGAUCUAGGGUACGUGCAAGGGAUGAGCGAUCUGCUCGCACCGAUCCUCAGCCUGGUGCAGAACGAAGCGGAAAGCUUCUGGUGCUUCGUAGGCUUCAUGCACAAAGUGUUUGCCAACUUCGAUAUCGAUCAGAAGGGCAUGAAGCAGCAGCUCGAACAUUUGCGCGUGCUGCUGUCGUUCGUGAACGAACGUUUGUUCAAUUAUAUGCGCGAAAACCAGUCGGAAAACAUGUACUUCUGUUUCCGUUGGCUCUUGGUUUGGUUUAAGCGUGAGUUUUCCAACGCGGACAUUAUGCAGCUUUGGGAAGUGCUCUGGACGGGGCUACCCUGCUCAAACUUUCAUCUGUUUGUGUGCGUUGCCAUCCUGGACCAGGAGAUGGAUGUGUUUAUCGAUGGGCAGUUUAGCUUUACCGAGAUCCUGAAGCAUGUGAACGAACUGUCGGGCAAUUUGAAUUUGGCGGCCGUGCUCGAACAAGCCGAAAGCAUCUAUCUGCAGGUGAAACAAACCCUGGAAGCAUUGCCUAAAGAAUCGCACCACGAGCUGCGCAAAAUCAUUGGCGAACAGCUGACGGCUAGCGAUGGGGGAACGACGGGCAAUACUGAUGAGGACGAGGAUGACGACGAUAGCUGCAUGUCGAUCGUGAACGAACGAUCGCCGGAGGAGAAAGAAAUACUGCAACGAAAACUUGACGAGGCGUGCGAUCUUUCGUUGAGUUACAUGUUUUUUUAGGAAGCGUAUACUAACGGGUUUGGUGGGAACGAUGGGAAACGAAACGACAACACCAUAUAUUUGUAGCCAUGAAGAAUGUACAGUAAACUUGUUUAUUCACUUUUUGUUACUUUCUAAA